UUUUUUUAUUUUUCCCACCCCCUCUCAGUCUCCUGCUGAAUCUUUCUAUCAUUUUCUCCCUCUCCAAACAGAAAGAAAGAUACGCUGUCAACCAAAGAUGGUCAGGGAUGAUUUGUACAUUACGAUUCCCACCUUCUUCAGGUGUCCUAUAUCUCUCGACGUCAUGAAGUCGCCGGUCAGCCUCUGCACCGGAGUUACUUACGACCGUGCUAGUAUACAGCGCUGGCUCGACAACGGUAAUAAUACCUGCCCCGCCACCAUGCAGGUUCUCCAGAGCAAGGAGUUCGUCCCUAACCGAACGCUCCAGCGGCUCAUCCAGAUCUGGUCUGACUCGGUCCGCCACAGAGUCGACUCGCCUGACUCGAUCCCCGCUUCUGCUCCAACCCAGGACCAGGUCAAACUCAUCAUGAGAGAUUUCCAACUUAAAAACAACGACGCCGAUCACCGCCUCCACUUGCUAUCGAAGAUUGUCCUCUUCGCGAGGGAAUCCGAGGAAAAUAGAGAUUUCCUCGCCAAGACGGAACAGCUCGUGCCAUUGCUUGUGGAUCUCAUUUGCAAUGUCGACGGUAAAUCUCCAAAAAAUAUUCAGAUAAUCGAACAGGUCCUUAGGAUCCUAGACGUGAUCAGGACGAAAAUUGGAGACCGCGAGCAGCUAAGCAACCUGAUAAUGAAAAGCGAUCGCGAUUGCCUAACUGCAAUCCUCUUGGCGUUGCAACAAGGAAGUGUGGAUUCAAAAAUUGAAUCGGUUAGGGUUUUGGAAUAUGUCGCCAUUGAUGCGCAAUUAAAGCUCGUGAUCGCCGAAAGAAAGGGACUAUUGCAGGAAUUAAUGAAAUCAGUGAGGACGGAAGCGGAUCCAAGCUUGAUCGAGGCGACCUUAUCGUGCUUAAUUGCGAUUGCGGUGCCGAAGCGAGUCAGAGUGAGCUUGGUGCGGAUGAAAGUAGUUACGGAGCUAAAGAAAUUGUUAACAGAACCGAACUCGAGCGUUGCAAUAACAGAGAAGGUGUUGAAGUUGCUGGAGAUGGUGUCGUCUUGCAAAGAAGGUAGAGGGGAGAUAUGCGAAGACAGUGGAUGCGUGCAAGGAAUAUUGCAGAAGGUGCUGAAAGUGUCGAACACGGCGACGGAUCACGCAGUUACCAUACUAUGGAGCGUAUGCUACCUGUUCAGGGACCAGAGAGCGCAGGAGGCUGUGGCAAGUAGCAAUGGAAUGACGAAGAUUCUGCUGCUGAUGCAGAGCAAUUGCUCGCCGUCAGUGCGGCAAAUGUCGGCGGAUUUGCUCAAGGUGUUCCGGGUAAACUCCAAGUCCUGCCUAUCCAGUUACGAUACCAAGACAACUCAUAUUAUGCCCUUUUGAUCAAAACACCUGAUGAUAGACUUUUUUUUUUUUUUUUUUUUUUUUUUUUCAUUUUUGAAAAUAUUGUUUCUCUUUCUGUAAUUGAAAAGACAGAGAGGGAGACGCUUUGUAAAUCGAAA